AUGGGCAAUAAUCUGAUCGAUCCGACUCAACGAAUCACUCUCACACCAGACGAGAUCAGCCGACGCCGAUUCGGAUCUAAGCUUACCUUGAUUGCAGAGAUGCUUCAAUGCACUGUCAUCUGGCUGGUCAAGUGCUGCUUGCUCCUGAUAUAUAACCGACUGACGACGAAUUUGAGCUACAAUCGCGUAGUGAAAACUGUUGCAUUGUACGUCCUUGUCGGGUUUGUCGUUAUGAUGACCUUCUAUCUUGCGGUCUGGUGUCGACCUUUCUCCCAGUACUGGGCCGUCCCCACCGAGCACGAGCAAUGCGCCACAUCAAGGAACCAUCUUAUUACCAAUGCAACCUUCAACUUGUCCUCAGACAUUAUGAUCAUUCUCCUUCCUAUACCACUUUUCCUCUGGUCCAACACUACCACUAGGAUAAAAGUAACGUUAUGCUGUAUUUAUGCUGUGGGCAUCUUCACGAUAGUCUCCGCAUUUCUAAAUAAAUACUGCUCUUUCACAGACCCCUACGGGCCUAAUUGGACCUUUUGGUAUAUCCGCGAAUCCUCAACCUCCCUCAUUGUCGCAAACCUUCCCUUGACCUGGCCCUUCUUCCGUCGCGUCAUGCAUAUCAACACCUCGAGCGCAGGCGAUUCUAACCCACAGCUGGGACAUAGGGAUUCGCACCUCUUUGGCAACGUUCCUCCCCGGCCAAGCCUUAUCCUUGCUGAUAGUCGAAUUGAGCUCAGCCAGGAGCAUGGGCUCCCUUAG